AUGGAGCUUGACAAUACCAAACCUUCCGAAAUUAUUUUCAAGGCAAAGCUUUUUGCCUCUGAUUUAUUCCGUGAUAUUCCUUGUCAUGCAUCAUGGUCAAGGGCCCCGACAAGCCCAAAAAUUGCUCUGCCUUUGUACGAUCAAAGCAGCGCUAUCGGAGCGGCGCUAUCAAGGCAGCGCCUCCACCUUAUUCGUAUACGACCGAGGCGGUGCCUCGAUCAUCCUCUUAAACCUCGCACCAAACUUAACGGUCUUUUAUACUGUCAAAAUGGCGGGACUUCACAAGAAGAACACAACACUAUCAAGAACCAUCCUCUUACCGACUCAGUCCAUAGAUUACAAGUUGUGCUUCAGGAAGCUGAAAAACUCUAUGAGUUGCACCUAAUUUCCCAUGAUGGCGCUGUUGGUAGCCUUGACCAUCUCUAUCGAGGAGCAACUUCAGCACUCCUCUCUGCUUUACAGGGAGAGGAUGCAGCUUACAACCUUCGCUCACGGAUGAGUGACGGAAAUAUGGCAUCUGAUCUAGCACACUUGGUCGAGCGCCUCCAAAGGACAAAAGGAACCUUCAGAUAUGAUGAGUAUCGCCUGCUGAACAUCGACAUGUGGACACCUGUAUUUAGUCUCAUUGACAACAUUCUUCAAACAACUCCUCCAGUGAGCGUCUCCCCCUCCUUUGACAGCACGCCAGUCAAGUCCACCUCAUCAUCACAGAAAGGUUCCGAGCAGACAUUGAUGGUAAUUGGGCCCAGUUUCCUGAUCCUCCUCUCAGAAUCACGCAGCAUCUACUACACCACAAUGAGCAAAGCAGAUCUUACUGGUUCAAAGGCAGAACAGCAAGUUGACCUUCUUUUGCAAGCUAGAGGUGAGAGCCUCUCACAAAACAAACACAACUGGAGAGACAUCCUGGUGAUUGGUGAGCUCAAAAAAUCUAAGGAGGAGAUCAGGACCAAAGCCACACUGCUGCAGAUCAGCCGCUGUGUGCAUGAGGUCUUUGCUGCGCAGCCCACCCGACGGUUCAUUCAUGCAUUCACUGUCUGUGGGACCAAGAUGGAGGCAUGGGUGUUUGACCGCUCAGGCCCCUACAGCUCAGGCAUCAUUGAUGUCUAUACAGACUCAAAACAGUUCUUUCAAGUGCUUGUGGGCUACACCAUGAUGAGUGAUGAGGAGCUGGGACUGGACACCUUUAUUGCUAGGGAUGAAGAUGGCAACAAAUCAAUAACUGUCAAAGGGCCUGAGUACUCAGAGGAAAAGAAGGUGCGGCUGGGUGAAAUGCUUUCCUGUCAGAUUGCCAUUGUGUGUCGCGGAACCACAUGUUUUCUUGCAAAUGAUGGACAAGUGGAGGGUGUAGCCAAAUUCUCAUGGGUGUCAGACAAGCAGCAGUCAGAGGCGGAACUCUUCAAGCUGGCAGGUCAGAAGAAUGUCCAGGGGGUUGCCAGGAUCAUUGGCCAUGAUGCUAUCACUAGUAUCACUGACAUGCGCUGCAGCCUGACCUUCAACAAGUGCCAUGACUUUAAAAUCUUACCCCUCAGCAGAGCCUCCUCAUUUCAUCAAUCUCAGACGCUCACCGAGGCCUGUCACUUAGAUAUCCGUCAAAAGUCACCAUCCAGGAAGCGCAGAUACCUGGGCAAGAGGUCAGCACACAAACCAAGCCUCUUUGACAGGAAUGAUGAGGAACUCUAUGACAAUCGUGUCCUCCAGUGUCUUGUGAUCUCACCGGCUGGCCGGCUGAUCUAUGACUACAGAUCACCCUUGGAGCUUCUCACAGCACUUCGCGAUGCAAUAAAGGCGCACCGGUCUCUUUACCUGGAUGGGAACAUUCUUUAUCGGGAUAUUUCAGAGAACAACAUAAUAAUAACUGAUCCAGACAAGGCGGAUGGUCACUCAGGCAUGCUAAUUGAUCUGGAUCUUGCCAAAGAAGUUGAUAGUGGGCGAAGUGGUGCACAGCACCGCACUGGUACAAUGGAGUUCAUGGAAAUUGAGGUGCUGCUAAAUAUUGACCAUACCUACUGGCAUGAUCUGGAGUCAUUCUUCUACGUGCUUAUCUGGCAAUGUGCCCGUCAUGGUUAG